UGUGGAACAAAGCGGCUCAUGUUUGAGAGACCUCAGCUUUAAUCUCGACUAAUAAAGUGGGAUUUAUUUCAUUUUUGCCUAAUUUUGCCUGAAAAUCCUUGUGGGAAUUUAAGGUUUAAAUAUUGCGCUCGGACUGAAUCCUCCCCUAAAAUCUCGGGAGCUUCUCACUUUUCUAAUUCCCUAAUAGAGUGGCUAUUGUAAGGCAGCCUGAAAGAGCGUUUAAAAUCCAACAAAAUAUAAAUUAGUCGUUACAUGUCGUUAAUAGCCACCUGCAAGACUUUAAACACGCACUGUACCAUCAAUUAAUUCGAAACUAAACCCAUCACAGAAAAAAAUUCCCUUCUCUUGCAGUCUCCAGCAUAAAGAUUUAUGUUAAAUCGUAAAAAAUCCCAAUAUAUUAAAACACGAGUCGAUUCAAUUAAUUCAAGCUUAUCUUAUCGAUUCCGUGAGCUUUCGCACUUGCGCUAUUUUCCUGCUGUCCUGCUACGGGAGCUUUCCCGGAAGAUACCUAAGCAACCCUUUUGGCUCGAGGGUGGAUUUGCCGACCUUUUUAUUUGCUAGGUGUGAAUGAUUGGUUGGUUUUUAUUAAAUGAAAGGAAAAAUUCUCGAAGGAGUGGCUCAUACAGUCAACAACCUGCACACUUUUCGAAAAAUAAUACAUGGGCGGAGAGUGGGGAAGGGAGAAUUUUAUAGCGCCGGUUCAAAUACCGGUCCAGGAUUUGAUCCGCAAAACGGUUAUUUAAGAAUUAAUUAGGCGAAAAUAACUGGAUUUUGCAUAACACAUGCGUUCGGAAUCACGACAAACAUAAAAUUCUAGCAUGCCAAGACCAAUAAGCUCUUCUUUUUGAAAAUUCAUGUUUCCGGUCAAUUUUUCGGUCUUGUCCCACUUUUUGUCGCCUGCACUGCCCUAAUCCCUCAUCCCGGCUGAACGCUCAAAUAUUUACCCCGCUAUGAAAACACAAUUCUUGAAGAAAAAUGUGUCUAGUAGCCUCGCAACCCUUGCCCCCGUUACACACUUCCAAUACCGCUUACUUGACAAAAAAUUGCCCAACAAUUAUGAAACUAAAACAAUGAACCGAUCAAUGGUCACAUUCAACCCAUCAUGGUCAAAGACAAAACUUCCGAAUCGAUGGAUUUCGACCAAGCCAUCCACCUGACAGGUUACGGCAAAUUCCAUUUUGAGGCCUUCACAGCCUGUGCAAUUUGCAUAAUCAGUGUCGGCUUCCAGAACGGCCUCUCGGCUUACAUUCUUCCAGCGGCUCAGUGCGAGCUGGACCUCACGUCCUUCCAACUGAGUCUUUUGAACGUGUGUUUCCUGGUGGGGGGCGCCCUGAGCAGCUUCCUGUGGGGCGUUUUGGCCGAUGCCCGAGGCCGCAGGAAAAUCCUGAUCAUUACCCAUCUCCUGAACGCCGCAGUCACGAUAAUUUGUGUCACAAAUCCCUCAGUGUUCAGUAUAAUAAUUUGCAGAUUUUUGAACGGGUUUCUAAUCGGGGCCCCUGGGAGCAUAAUUUUUUCGUAUUUAGCUGAAUUCCAACCCCCCAAGUACCGCUCGGCUAUUAUUUGCUACUCUGGGAUUUUUUUCACCUCGUCUUGGCUUCUUUUACCCCUCCUGGCCUGGCUUAUCCUGCCAAUUGAUAUCUCGGUAACUGUCGGAUCGGUCAUUAAAAUCACUUCGUGGAGAGUAUUUUUGAUAAUUUUGGUGAUACCGGAGGUAGUGGCGGGUUUUUGGUUCAUGCGUUUGCCCGAAAGUCCCAAAUUUUUUCUCGCUAAAGGGGACCAAAGAAAAGCUUUGGCUGUUUUGAGGAAAAUGUUCGUGGUCAAUACCGGAAGGCCGGCGAAGGAUUUUCCAGUCAAGAGUUUAGUUCGGGAAGUGAGAGUUGCAACGUUUGAGGAUAAUUUGAGGUGUAGGGGGAAGACGGUGAAAAAUUUGCAAGAGAUGUUUGGGCAGUUUAAGAGUCUUUUUAGGCCUCCGCUCGUUUUUUUAACUCUGCUCACGACUAGCAUCAUGUUUACGAAUAUGUUUGGCACUUUUGGCCUCGGCUGGUGGCUUCCGGAGCUCUUCGUCCGGUUCGAGCGCUUUCAGGCGCUCAACCCCAACAGUACCGUCACUGUCAAGCAACUGGCCCUUUUCAACACCAUCAAGCCGGCGUCCUGCAAGCCAUCGUUCGAAGCUGCGGUUAUUAGGAGUACCAUCAUCAUGGGCGUUUCUUCCAUUUUGACCAACGCCUUUUCGGGAUGGUUGGCGGCGAGGGUGUCCCUCAGGACCAUCCCGUUCGGUACCAUGCUGGUGGGUGGUACCAGCGCUAGUCUUAUCUACUGGUUGACCGCCUCGUGGCAGAAUCUAAUCAUCGCUUCGAUUUUUCAAUCGGCGAUGGUCACAGCUAAUAUGACAAUUGGGAGUGUGGUGGUGGAGCUUUUUCCGACAAAUGUGGGUGCUAUGGCUAUUUGUCUGACAAUGUGUGCUGGGAGAAUUGGGGCGAUGGCUAGUAAUGUAAUUUUUGGACUGUUAAUGGACCAACAUUGCGAAAUCCCGAUUUUUGUGGUGGCUGCUAGUGUUUUAGUCGGCGCGGGACUUUGUUACUUUAUCCCGUCGCAAAAGGGGCAUAAGGGGGGCUGUGCCGAUCUUGAAGUUGCCGUCAUUUCAAGUUUUGAUACGAAAAUGUGAUUCUUAGAGUGACUUUUUGUUAGAUAAUUCAUAUCUUUUAUAUAAUUGUUGUGUGAUAAAUUAUUUGUUGCUACUUACUUAUUGGUUUUGUGGACGUUAGUAACAGAAUCAUUUCGUUGCAAAAUGAAGGAAAACUACGAGAUUGUUUCAAACUGCCUUUAUUAUUCAUCGAUAAGUGACUAACAGUAAUAUUUUGAUGGAAUUUCCCAAUUAAUACAUUUUUGCCAUUCGUGUUACAUAAUUAUAAGGAACGUCAGGAAAUUUCUCUUUGAUGAGUGUUGGACGAGGUGUUGGAGUGGCUAACACCUGCUGCUGCAGCCCUAGUUGGGUGGCAGAUGGUGAAUGUCAUGAAGGGGUAAAUAAAUUUUAUCGAUCCCUCAUCGAAAAUGUCCCUGUGUUUCUGCUAUCCUGAUAAAAGUAACACCCGGCGUCGUGACGCUCCGGAACCGGAACCCGGCACGACGCCGGCGCUUAAAUUUUUUUUUCAUUACUGACCAAAUAAAGAGUGUACUUUAUACGAAA